UCUUAUUAUUCAUCUCUUCGUUCUCUGAUACUCAAUAUCUCCCAAAACCCUAAAACCGAUCUCUGCAAAUCUCUUACGAUUCUCUCUUUCAAGAUGCAAAUUUUUGUGAAAACACUCACUGGCAAGACCAUUACUCUCGAGGUUGAGAGCUCUGACACCAUUGACAAUGUUAAGGCAAAGAUCCAGGACAAGGAAGGGAUUCCUCCGGACCAGCAAAGAUUAAUCUUCGCCGGUAAACAGCUAGAAGAUGGUCGUACUUUGGCCGAUUACAACAUCCAGAAAGAAUCAACUCUCCACUUGGUUCUUCGUUUAAGAGGUGGUAUGCAGAUCUUUGUGAAGACGUUGACUGGCAAAACAAUCACUCUCGAGGUUGAGAGUUCAGACACUAUUGACAAUGUUAAAGCUAAGAUCCAGGAUAAAGAGGGAAUCCCACCAGACCAGCAGAGACUUAUCUUCGCUGGGAAACAGCUUGAGGAUGGUCGUACACUCGCUGACUACAAUAUCCAGAAAGAGUCUACCCUCCAUUUGGUGCUUCGUCUCAGAGGUGGUAUGCAGAUUUUCGUGAAGACCCUGACUGGAAAGACUAUUACUUUGGAGGUUGAGAGCUCAGACACGAUUGAUAACGUCAAGGCCAAGAUUCAGGACAAGGAAGGGAUCCCACCAGACCAGCAGAGACUUAUAUUCGCUGGGAAACAGCUUGAGGAUGGUCGGACACUAGCGGAUUACAACAUCCAAAAAGAGUCUACACUCCAUCUUGUGCUUCGUCUCCGUGGUGGUAUGCAAAUCUUUGUGAAGACCCUUACCGGAAAAACCAUCACUUUGGAGGUUGAGAAUUCAGACACAAUCGAUAAUGUCAAGGCAAAGAUUCAGGACAAGGAAGGGAUCCCUCCGGACCAACAGAGACUCAUCUUCGCUGGGAAGCAGCUUGAGGAUGGUCGGACACUUGCGGAUUACAACAUCCAGAAGGAAUCAACCCUUCACCUUGUGUUGCGUCUUCGUGGUGGUAUGCAAAUCUUUGUGAAGACUUUGACAGGAAAGACUAUUACCCUGGAGGUUGAGAGCUCAGAUACGAUCGAUAACGUCAAGGCUAAGAUUCAGGACAAGGAAGGGAUCCCUCCGGACCAACAGAGACUCAUCUUCGCUGGAAAACAGCUUGAGGAUGGUCGGACUCUUGCAGAUUACAACAUCCAGAAGGAAUCGACUCUUCACUUGGUUCUUCGUCUUCGUGGUGGAAGCUUCUGAGCUUUAUGAACUGUGGUUAAAAGUUGUGUUAAUCGAUUGAGCCUCAUGCACUUGGGAGGUGAUUUCUGCAGAAAAAAAGAGUUGCGUUUGUUAAGUUUCAUUUUCUGUUUUCGUUAUUUUCUUGUGGUAAACCUUUCGUUAGGCUCGUGAUGAGCCUUUUAUGUUUCAAUAUUUAAUAAUAAUCCAAGUGCACCUUA